AUGGGCUUGCUCGACAAUUUGGUGGUAUCUGCAGUGGCCGCGGUGGUUGAGGCAUAUGCCGUGCGAGCCCUGCUGCCGCAACACGACUUGCGGUCAAUCCUAUACAUUGCAUUCGGAGUGAACUCCAGCCUGUGCCUUGCAUGGGCGUCAUUCAUCUAUCCCGUUUUCGUCAAUCCGCUGCGGCAUCUUCCCCGGGUUGGGCCUGUUCAACAGGGAUGUGCUCCUCGCGACGAACCACCAGGCGCUGCUGGAUGUCAUGAGCACCAACACAUAUAUGACGUUGAGAAGCCCUGGAAAGUUCGCAAUUUCCUGGCCCGCGUCAUCGGCUUUGGGUUGAUCUUGUCCGAGGGACCGCAGCACCAGAGACAGCGGAAGGCGAUCACUCCGUCCUUCAACAUCAAGAUCAUCCGCGCCGCGUGUCGGCUCAUGUGGGAGAAGACGGGGAUCCUACUAGAAGAGGUUGGGAGGAUAUCCUGGCCCGUCCUGUCGAGGGCACCAACCCCAGCGAUGGCAUGGGAAACGUUGAGUCGCCUUACGCUUGAUGUGAUCGGAGCUGCUGCCAUGGGCCGGGACUUCCAAUCCCUCACGCACGACAGGAACCAGGUCUCCGACAGCUUCCAGGUCAUCCUAGAGCCAAGCUAG